UGUACUGGUUCAAUGGAGGCACCCACGGAGCUGCAGGUCAACAUUUCCCUCGGCCGCAAGAAGACACCCCUUCUUCGCUCUCUGAAACUACCGCUCAGCUUUUCAUUCCCGCCCUCGCCUCCACCAACCGUUCGCGACGUCAAACGCGCUAUCCAGAGAACAUAUCCCGCACUCUACUUCGAACGUCAGAAGCUCUCACUUCAGGAAGCGUCAAAAGCCCUUGCAGACGAAUCAGUGUUGCUUUUCGACCCGGCUGGCAAAGCUGAACUUGUGGUGGGGGAUCUCGGAGCACAAGUUAGCUGGCGCACGGUUUUCGUCAUAGAAUAUCUUGGUCCACUCAUUGUCCACCCGCUCAUCUAUCAUUUCCCUCGACUAUUUUAUGGAAGUCAAGUACAGCACAGCGCUUUGCAGAAAUCCGUCUAUGCUAUGGUACUCCUUCACUUCGUAAAGCGGGAGCUGGAGACACUGUUUGUCCAUAGAUUUUCUCAUGCGACGAUGCCUUUCCGAAACAUCUUCAAAAACUCAGCUCAUUAUUACUUCUUGUCUGGCUUAUUCCUUGCAUAUGACCUGUACCGCCCAGGAUACUCGCAGGCUGCUGUCGCCGGAACAUGGCGCGACGGUCCCUUACUGCAAGCUGGCUGGGUACUCUUCAUUUUUUCUGAACUCUCCAACUUGAGCGCACAUCUCACCCUUCGAUCUCUCCGUCCUGCUGGUACCACAACGCGCGCUGUUCCAUUUGGCUAUGGUUUCUCCGCACCAUUCAACCUCACCUCGCCCAAUUACUUCUUCGAGAUUCUCGCAUGGUGCUCAGUGCUCCUCAUCAGCGGCAGUGCUGCCUGCGCUCUUUUCACUGCUGUGAGUUUCGGCCAGAUGCUGAUUUGGGCACAGAAAAAGCAUAGCGCAUAUAAGAAGGAGUUUGGUGACAAAUAUCCUCGUCGUCGGAAGGCGAUUAUUCCAUACAUAUUGUAA